AUGCCUUGGGUCUGUUUCAGUAGUUACAAGGCUCUGAACAAGGCCCUGAGGUUACUUCGUGAUAACCACCUUCUGGCCACAGUAUCCUUUGAGGGUCCCCAAAGGCUGCCUCCCAUCAACCCACUGGGACCUGAAUACAUUGAAGACUUGGCUCUGGGGACCAUUUGUGACCUGGUGGAGGAGAUCCUGAGGGUCACUACAAUGGAGGCUAUCCCUGUGGGCCACCACCUGUCUGCUGCCCACAGCCCUGUGGGCCACCCCCUGGCUAUGGCCCAGGGCCCUGUGGGCCUUCCCCCGGCUAUGGCCCAGGGGCCUGUGGGCCUUCCCCCGGGUAUGGCCCAGGGCCCUAUUGGCCUUCCCCUGGCUAUGGCCCAGGACCCUGUGGGCCAUCUCCUGGCUAUGGCCCAGGACCCUGUGGGCCACCCCCUGGCUAUGGUCCAGGACCCUAGCCUGCGUUUCCACUUAGAAGGAUCUCUGCAUGGGCCGCGCUCCCUGGUUCCUUACGAGAAGGUCGAAGCCCCCAGGAAGGGUCAGAUGGCUGGGCUCCUAAAAGCAGCUCCCAGACCUGGCCAGGGUGGAGGGGUCUACACCGCCAGCCCUCGGUCUUGGAGAAACGGUCCGGCUCCCGGUCCGGGUCCGGAAGGGGAGCAGCGGCCCGAGGGAGAACCCUUGGCCCCAGACGGCAGCCCCCCGAACAGCACCCAGACCGAGGCUGUGGCCCCCGAGGCAAGCCCAGAGAGAAGCUGCUCCCUCCACAGCUGCCCCCUUGAGGACCCUUCCAGCUCGUCAGGACCCCCACCAACAUCUUCCACCCUCCAGCCCGUGGGUCCGUCCAGCCCCUUGGCCCCUGCCCACUUCACCUAUCCCCGACCACCACAGGAAUACCAGGGGGGCAGUUCCCUGCCAGGACUUGGGGACCGGGCAGCUCUGUGUUCCCAUGGCUCCAGCCUCAGCCCUUCCCCAGCCCCCUCACAGCGCGAUGGGGCCUGGAAGCCACCCGCGGUGCAGCACCAUGUGGUCAGUGUCAGGCAGGAGCGGGCCUUCCGGAUGCCAAAGAGCUAUUCCCAGCUGAUUGCUGAGUGGCCAGUGGCCAUGCUGCUGCUGUGUCUGGCUGUCAUCCUCCUCUGCACCCUGGCUGGACUGCUGGGGAGUCGGCUGCCUGACUUCUCCAAGCCUUUGCUGGGCUUUGAGCCCCGGGACACAGACAUCGGGCGCAAGCUAGUGGUUUGGAGAGCACUGCAGGCUCUCACGGGCCCCAGGAAGCUUCUUUCCCUUUCCCCAGACCUUGAGCUGAACAGUUCCAGCUCACACAUCAUUCUGAACCCUACUCCCUGGGGCAAUGCCCAGGAGGGCAUUGUCCGGCCUCGGAGAAUGGUGGAGCUGUUGGAGGACAGAGGACAGGAGAGCUUUUUCUGUGGCCCCCCUGAGAAGAGCUACGCGCAGCUGGUGUUCAUGUCCACCUCAGCGGGCAGCCUUUGGAACCUGCACGCCAUCCAUUCCAUGUGUCGCAUGGAGCGGGACCAGAUCCGCUCCCAUGCUCACUUUGGGGCUCUGUGCCAGCGUACAGCAACCAACGAAUGCUGCCCCAGCUGGUCCCUGGGCAACUAUGUGGCUGUGCUCUCCAACCGCUCCUCCUGUCUGGACACCACCCAAGCCGAUGCAGCCCGCAUCCUGGCCCUGCUUCGGACCUGCGCCCUCUACUACCACCGUGGGGCUCUGGUGCCCUCUUGUCUGGGACCCAGGCAGGACAAGUCCCCACGCUGUGCCCAGGUUCCCACCAAGUGCUCCCGAAGCAGUGCCAUCUACCAACUCCUGCACUUUCUGCUUGACAGAGACUUUCUGAGUCCCCAGACUGCCGACUACCAGGUGCCCUCCCUCAAGUACAGCCUGCUCUUCCUGCCCACUCCAAAGGGUGCUUCCAUGAUGGGCAUCUACCUGGACCGGCUAGCCACCUCCUGGAGGCUCUCUGACAACUACACGUCCAUCACCGGCAUGGACCUGGGCCUCAAGCAGGAGCUGCUGAAGCACUACCUGGCCCAGGAUACGGCGUACCCCUUGCUGGCUGUGGCUGCCAUCUUCUUCAGCAUCGCCCUCUACCUGCGCUCAUUUUUCCUCACGCUCAUGGUGCUGCUGGGGGUGCUGGGCUCCCUGCUGGUCGCCUUCUUUCUUUACCAAGUGGCCUUCCGCAUGGCCUACUUCCCCUUCGUCAACCUGGCAGCCCUGGUCCUGCUCAGCAGCGUCUGUGCCAACCACACGCUCAUCUUCUUCGACCUGUGGCGCCUCAGCAAGAGCCAGCUGCCCGCCGCGGGCCUGGCGCAGCGCGUGGGGCGCACCAUGCACCACUUCGGCUACCUGCUGCUGGUGUCUGGCCUCACCACGACGCGGGGCCCGUGGGCCGGCAGCGCGCCCCGGCGGCUGGCGCUGGCGCUGCACCGGCGGUUCCGCGGCCUCCGGAGGGCCGCCGCCGGCACCGCGCGCCUGCUCUUCCAGCGCUUGCUGCCCUGCGGCGUCAUCAAGUUCCGCUACAUCUGGAUCUGCUGGUUCGCGGCGCUGGCGGCGGGAGGCGCCUACAUCGCCGGCGUCAGCCCCCGCCUGCGACUGCCCACGCUGCCGCCGCCCGGCGGCCAGGUCUUCCGGCCCAGCCACCCCUUCGAGCGCUUCGACGCGGAGUACCGCCAGCAGUUCCUGUUCGAGCAGCUGCCGCAGGGCGAGGGCGGCCACAUGCCCGUGGUUUUGGUGUGGGGCGUCCUGCCCGUGGACACCGGAGACCCCCUGGACCCUCGCAGCAACAGCUCCCUGAUCAGAGACCCUAGCUUCUCUGCCAGCAGCCCUGAGGCCCAGCGCUGGCUGCUGGCACUCUGCCAUCGGGCCCAGAAUCAGAGCUUCUUUGACACCCAGCAGGAGGGCUGGCCCACACUGUGCUUCGUGGAGGCCCUCCAGCGUUGGAUGGUGAGCCCCGGCUGUGCCCGCCUGGGGCCUGACCUCUGCUGUGGCCACUCAGGCUUCCCUUGGGCCCCCCAGCUUUUCCAGCACUGCCUAAAGAGGAUGGCUCUGGAGCAAGGCCCCCGUGGCACCCGGGACCUGGGACCCCGCUUUGAUGCCCAUGGCAGCCUGGCCGCCCUGGUUCUGCAAUUCCAGACCAACUUCCAGUAUAGUCCAGACUACAACGAGACCCACCACUUCUACACUGAGGUCAGCCACUGGCUGGCAGUGGAGCUGGGCACGGCACCUCCCGGCCUUCGCCAUGGCUGGUUCACCAGCCGUCUAGAGCUGUACAGCCUGCAGCACAGCCUGAGCACUGAGCCUGCGGUGGUGCUGGGCCUGGCUCUGGCGCUGGCCUUUGCCACACUGCUGCUGGGCACCUGGAAUGUUCCACUCAGCCUGUUCUCCGUGGCAGCUGUGGCAGGCACCGUACUACUCACCGUGGGACUGCUGGUUCUGCUGGAGUGGCAGCUCAACACUGCCGAGGCCCUCUUUCUCUCUGCCUCUGUUGGCCUCUCCGUGGACUUCACUGUCAACUACUGCAUCUCCUAUCACCUGUGCCCACAUCCCGACCGGCUGAGCCGUGUGGCCUUCUCGCUGCGCCAGACCAGCUGUGCCACAGCAGUGGGAGCUGCAGCCCUGUUUGCCGCUGGCGUGCUCAUGCUGCCUGCCACGGUACUGCUCUAUCGCAAGCUGGGCAUCAUCCUCAUGAUGGUUAAGUGCGUCAGCUGUGGCUUUGCCAGCUUCUUCUUCCAAUCUCUGUGCUGUUUUUUCGGGCCAGAGAAGAACUGUGGACAGAUCCUCUGGCCCUGUGCCCACCUGCCAUGGGACGCCGGUACUGGGGAGUCCGGGGGAGAGAAGGCAGGCCGCCUACGACCAGGGCCGGUGGGAGGGGCGGCUGGGUCCUGCUCAGAGCAAUACGAGCUACAGCCCCUGGCACGACGCCGGAGCCCCAGCUUUGACACCAGCACAGCCACCAGCAAGCUGUCCCACCGACCCUCAGUACUCUCUGAGGAUCUACAGCUGCAUGAUGGCCCCUGCUGCUCAAGACCCCCACUGGCCCCUGCCUCCCCAAGGGAGCUGCUGCUGGACCACCAGGCAGUCUUCAGCCAGUGCCCAGCCCUGCAGACCUCCUCUCCCUAUAAGCAGGUUGGCCCCAGCCCCAAAACCCGGGCCACAAAAGACUCCCAAGGGCAAGAGGCUGAGCCCCCACAGGCCUCGCCAGAAGCCCCUGCCGACUCCCCCAAGCCCAAGGCUGCAGAGCCUCCUGAUGGCCUCUGCUCCUCAGCCAGCACCCUGGAGGGGCUUAGCGUCUCCGACGAGACCUGCCUAAGCAACUCUGAGCCCAGUGCCCGUGUACCAGAUUCUGUAGGCGCAUCCCCAGAGGACCUGGGUGACGCUGGGCAGCCAGUACCUGAGCGAGGCCAGCUGAAUGGGAGGCGGGACACCCUGUGGCUGGCGCUGAGGGAGACAGUGUACGAUCCAUCAUUGCCCACCUCCCACCAGAGCAGCUCAUCCUGGAAGGGCCGUGGGGGGCCAGGGGAUGGCAGCCCUGUGGUGCUGCCCAACAGCCAGCCAGAUCUGCCCGACGUUUGGCUGCGCAGGCCCAGCACCCACACGUCAGGCUACAGCAGCUGAGAGAGGCCCAGGGAGGCCGGACUGGGGCACAGAACCGUCAGGGAGGAUAAGGUGGGGGCAGCACCAGGCUGGAGCCUGAAGAUAUUGCUCCAAAUCCACGUGGUGAGGUCUUGCCCUCCAGCUAUGGAUUUUAAACCCUGCCAUAUGGUCUAACCUUGAUCUGGCAGCUGCUUACUCCUCACAUCUGGAGGAUACCAUGGAGAGGGUCUUUGGAGGGGAUCUGUUUAUGACCUGCUGAGGGCUUGUCUGCCCCCAUAGUGUCAACCAAGGCCCCUCCCCUGGAAAAGAGGAAGGCCAGAGAUGUACCUCUGGGUACCAGCAGAGGCUGCCCUGGCCCCCAUCCCAAGUGACAAGAAGUUCAAUGAGACUAAAGGACUCCAUACUUAGGAUCUUGUCGGGAUACCACACUGACCAGAAGAGCCCUCAGAAACCCCUGCAGCCUCCUGGGUUUCACCUCUGUCAUGGGCUCUUCAUCAGGACACUUCCCUCUCUGUGAAGAGCUUCUCUGGCCAGAAUUGGGCUGGAGCCUCUGUUUCCAGCUCUGCUCUCCGCAACUCACCAAACUGACCAGAAAUUCUCCAACGCCAGUCACAGAUGGCUGCUGGGAGUGAAGCAGGAGGAGGGGUGGUCAGACUCGGAGCAUCCCUAAACUGCAGAACAGUUCCCUUUGGAAGAAGGCUCCGGUGCUCUCCCCUGUUAAUAAACAAUGACAAUCCUUUGCAUCUCUG